GAAAUGUUUACCUGGCAUCUCUGUUCUUGAAAGAUCCCUAAAGCUGUGCGUAUGUGAAAAAGCAAUUAAAAAUUAAGAAUUCUGUGAGAAAUAUUGAAAUGGAAAACAUUAUACUCCCUAAACUUGAUAGUCACCAAAAGUCGUAUGCUGGCAUUCCAGAAGCAAUAUUUGUGGAGGAUGUGGAAUCUUUCAUGAAGUUAUCUGGUAGCGAUGAAAAUGUAGAAAAAGUUCUGAAGAACCUCGACGAGCAGCAUAGCAAGUACAAGUUUAUGGAGUUUAACAUUAUUUCUCGAAAACGGCGUCUUCGACAGCAAAUUCCAGAUCUGGCCAAAAGUAUCGAAAUGGUUACCAUUCUAAAAAGUCAGACCGAUGACCAGGAAACGCAAUUUCUUUUAAGCGAAGGCGUCUUUGUAAAAACUCGUAUACCACCAUCGAAAACAGUUUGCUUAUGGUUGGGUGCUAAUGUUAUGCUGGAGUAUCCGCUAGACGAAGCGGAUGAACUACUUCGACAAAACAAAAAUUCAGCUGAGGUGAAUUUAAAAUGUCUAGAACAUGAUCAAGAGUUUUUGCGAGAUCAAAUAACCACAACAGAAGUGAACAUGGCUCGAGUUCAUAAUUAUGAUGUUAAAAAACGGCAAGCUAAGAAAGUUACUGAAGAUGAAGAGAACUAGCAUCGUAAACAUUUAUAACAUGAAUGAAUGCAUUAUAUUUGGAAUCCUUAACUUGUUUCGCAAUUGAAACGAUGUCUAAUAAAAGAAAAAUUACAUAUUUUUACAAA